AUUAAUGGAUUCUGACAUGGAUUAUGAGAGGCCAAACGUAGAAACCAUCAAGUGCGUCGUGGUCGGGGACAACGCGGUGGGCAAGACCCGGCUGAUCUGUGCCCGUGCCUGCAACGCCACCCUGACCCAGUACCAGCUCCUGGCCACCCACGUGCCCACGGUGUGGGCCAUCGACCAGUACCGUGUCUGCCAGGAGGUGCUGGAGCGCUCCCGGGACGUGGUGGACGAUGUCAGCGUCUCCUUGCGCCUCUGGGACACCUUUGGGGACCACCACAAGGACCGACGCUUUGCCUACGGCAGGUCCGACGUUGUGGUUUUGUGCUUCUCCAUCGCCAACCCCAACUCCCUGCACCAUGUGAAGACCAUGUGGUACCCAGAGAUCAAGCACUUCUGUCCCCGGGCACCUGUCAUCCUGGUGGGCUGCCAGCUGGACCUCCGCUAUGCCGACCUGGAGGCCGUCAACCGGGCACGGCGACCCUUGGCCAG